AUGCCCAUUGCAGAGCUUUUGGGGGUCCAGCUCGACAUGCAGCUACUGUUGAAACUGGGUUUCUCGUUGGCUGCGGUGCUGCUCGUUUCUUGGGCCUACAGGUUCUACAGCUCCAGGGAUGCAGAGAAAAUUCAGCUCUGCUCCAAAGAAGACAAAGGGGCACAAAAUGCAACCUGCCGAAACUGCAAGACAACACUGGGAUGUCAAAGCUCGCCACAACAUGACACUGAUGAUGGGGGCCAGCAACCCAGACCCUCACCCACAGACUCGGCCACUGAUGACCUGACAUCUCACUGCGAAGAGGAAACAGCAGCAGAGAGCUGUACACACCACGAAAAGAGGGAAGAUGCAUCUCGUACGUCGCAUAAUGACCACAAGAUCAGCAUGAAAGUAGAGACGCAGACAACGGUUGCCACCAGUAAUAAUUCAUCUGGAUCUGCUUUGAACAUUCCUGAUCCAACAGAGAGUGGGAUGGCCAGUGCAACAGGACGCCGCUCCCCGUGCUUUUUGCAGAAGCUGGAGGGCAGUGUGGGUGUGGGCAGGGAGUUGAGGCAGGACUUGGAGCACCAGGGUGCCUAUUCCAGCUUCCUCUCCAAGGCAGAGAUCAAAGUGGAGGAUGCCAACGUGCUGCUGGAAGGAACAGGAGAUCAGAUUGUGCGUGGAAAGAUAUAUGAUUACUACGUGGAGUCUUCCUCUCACUCUGUUACUGACUCAAACACUGUGCUGGGUCAGUAUGAGAGGAGCUCUGAGCCACAGCCAGUGGAGUUUGGAAGCCGUGGCAGCAGUCUGACAGAAUCUCCUUCCUCUCUGAGCCCCAUCGUUAUGCGUGAUCUGGUUUUCCCACAAAGCACUGUUGAGGAUCUCUCCUCACUAGGAGGCUGCCAGCUACGGCACCCCACAAGGCCUGCACUCCUACGAAAUGAGAGCUAUCUGUCUGCAGCAGAGCAGUGUGAGCUUUCCAUCCCCUUUGUAACUUCAGCAGCUUCAACUCCAAUGAUUCACUCUCUGGCCUCAACGAGCAAGGAGCCCAUCUCUGUUCAUGCUAUGAUAAAUUCCUCUACAGACAGCAAAGGCCUUUGUGUGAAUAAGGAGGCUGAUCUGGAGACUGUAACAGGGGCUCCAUUUGUACACCUUCCAGCAAAAACCCUUGAUGGCACAGAUUUGGAAAGCUUGAAGAGCACACUUGAUCUGGGUAACUGUUUGGAGACGCUCUACCUGGCCAAAAGACAUGGCCAGACCUCUUUGCAGCAAGCAGCCCUGGGGGUCAUGUCAGACAACUACCUCCAGGUGCUCAGGGACCCUAAUAUUUAUGGGCGACUAAUGGCUGAUGAGCGGGAACAAAUCCAGAAGCAAAGAAUAAGGGGAAGAAGAUUCAUCAUGGUGGCAGAUAUGAACCCUCAAGACUGGACGAAGGACACAGGAGGACAGAGAGCGGAGACAGAGCCGAGGAGGACGUCCAGUGCACUCUACUAUUAUGAUGACAACAAAGACUGCUGGCAAACCCUCGGCCUGAUCCCACAGGAAGUCAUCUCGAAAGCCUGCGCCAUGUGCACAAUGGAUAACUACUUAUUUGUGGCGGUGGGCUGCCAAGGCAUAGACAGAGAAAUGACGCCCUCAAAGCGAGUGUUUUGCUACAAUCCUCUGACAUCCAUUUGGAAGGAGAUCAGUCCCAUGAAUGAGGCCAGACCACGGUGCAAACUGGCAGCACUGGAGGGCUACAUCUAUGCCAUCGGAGGGGAGUGCCUUUCCUCAGUGGAGCGCUAUGACCCACGAUCAGACAGAUGGACAUUUGUGGCUCCUCUGCCUAAUGAUACAUUUGCUGUGGCACAUCACGUCACCGUGUGCAAUGGAGAGCUUUUUGUUUCUGGGGGGACUCUAAGAUAUAUGCUGCUGCGCUACAGCCCCAAAACAAACACCUGGAGGCCAAGCCUGUUAGUUGGCAGCAAAGACAGAACUGCAGAUUUGGUGGCCGUGGGGAGAUUUCUGUAUCGGUUUGAUGUUAACCCCCGGUUGGGCGUUAGUGUGUACCGCUACCAUACAGUGGCUCGACUGUGGUACGAGUGCAGCUCAAGACGGCUCCUGCGCUGCCCUGUCUUUCAGUGCAUCAUGAUGGAUGACUUGAUUUAUUGUGUCAGCCGCCAGUUCACCAUGAAGUUCGAGGCUGAUGAGAUCUCUCCUGCUUUCACAGAUGAGGAUUUGAGUGUCCUCUCUGCAGCCAAGGGCAUACUUUUCCCCUUUGUCCUCUCACUGCCUGAUAAGAAGCCUCGGCAGACCAGUGUGUAG